AUGCCGUAUCCAGAUGAAGCAGAAGGCUUCCAAGUCGAUAGCCCUGAUACUUACACCACCUUUCAUAAGCGAUCUUUCAAAUUGAAGCCGUUUGGGGAUUAUGAUGUCGACAUUAAAAUCGAGGCGUGCGGCGUUUGCGGUAGUGAUUUGCACACUAUUAGCGGAGGUUGGGGCGAACAGAAAUUCCCUCUCUGCGUCGGACACGAAAUAAUCGGUCGAGCCAUCCGCGUCGGUCCCUGCGUGACCCUCAUCCAGGAAGGACAGCGCGUAGGCGUCGGCGCCCAGUCAUACUCAUGCGGAGACUGCAAGCAAUGCAAGAAUGACAACGAAACCUACUGUCCCGUCCUGAUGGUCGACACCUAUGGCACCGAGUGGCCGGACACAGGGAUCGUCAGCCAGGGCGGAUAUGCCUCGCAUGUGCGCACGCACGAGCACUGGGUCUUCCCCAUCCCCGAGCAGCUGGAAUCUACUCUCGCGGCGCCGAUGCUCUGCGCCGGACUGACAGCGUACUCGCCGCUGGUGCGUAACGGGGCCGGACCUGGCAAGAAGGUCGGGAUCGUGGGACUGGGCGGGAUCGGACACUUUGGGGUCAUGUUCGCCAAGGCGUUGGGGGCAGAAACGUGGGCGAUUUCGCGUAGUCGGGCCAAGGAGGAGGAUGCACGCCGGCUCGGAGCCGACGGAUACAUUGCCACGGCGGAGGAUGGGUGGGAGAUGAAGCAUCGCUGCUCGUUCGAUCUCAUUAUCAACUGCGCCAGUUCCACCAAGGAUUUUGCCCUGGCUAAGUACCUGUCCAUGAUGGAUGUGCAUGGCCGCUGGAUCAGCGUGGGACUACCCGAGGAGGAGGGUCAGGUCAUCAAGGCUCAGGAUCUCCUCGACAAUGGGGUGUUGAUCGGAGCUAGCCAUCUGGGAAGUCGUCGGGAGAUGCUGGAGAUGCUGCAGCUGGCCGCCGACAAGGGCCUGAAGGGGUGGGUGGAGGAGCUUCCAAUCGGGGAGAAAGGAUUAAAGGAGGCGAUGGAGCGGAUGAAAAGGGGGGAUGUUCAUUAUCGGUUUACCAUGACGGGGUAUGACAAGGCUUUUGCGAUGGAUAAAUAA